AUGAAGUCAACUUCUACCAUCCUGGCCGCCCUGGCAGGACUAUCCAGCCUGGUUGCCGCCCAGGGCGUGUUAGGAGAGGUCGAGGGUUUUGCUACUGUUGUCACUGGAGGAGGCAGCGUGGCCGCCGUCACACCCAAGGAUAUUGACGAGCUCACCGAGUUCCUCACCGACGACGAGCCCCGCGUCAUCACGCUCUCCAAGGAGUACGACUACACAGAGUCAGAGGGGACCGAGUCUGGCAAUGAUAGCUGUGACGGCGGCGAUGGAUCGACGGCCACCUGGUGGAAGGCUCCUACUCAGCCCAUCGACGUCGGCAGCAACAAGACCAUCCUCGGGGUGGGAAGUGAUGGUGCCAUCAAGGGCAAGGGGCUGAGAAUGAGGGGAAGCAACGUGAUUAUUCAGAACAUUAUGGUCUCGGACCUGAAUCACGAGUAUGUCUGGGGUGGGGAUGCCAUCGGUUUCGACGGCGCCGACCUCGUCUGGGUUGACCACGUCACGACCGCUCGUCCCGGCCGCCAGCACUACGUGUUCGGUUUCAACCCCAGCAAGCGCAUCACACUGUCCAACAACUUUAUCAACGGCGAGUCGGACUUCUCCACUGGCUGUGACGGAUACCAUUACUGGACAUUUGAGAUGGUCGGCGAGGAUGACCAGAUCACCAUGAAGAACAACUACAUCUACAAGACUGCCGGCCGUGGCCCCGCCCUGAGCGGCGGCACCCUCCUCCACGCCGUCAACAACGUGUGGGAAGACGUCAACGGCCACGCCAUCGAGGGAGGCGACACGGCUGCCCGCGGAAUCUUCGAGGGAAACGCCUUCAUCAAGGUCAAGCAGCUCGUCUCCGACUACCAGGGCAGGCUCUUCUCCUCUCCUGAUGCCACCACCAAUGCCCAGUGUGAGAGCGCACUCGGCCGUGCCUGCGAGGUCAACGCCCUGGACCAGACCACAGACGAGUUCAAGUAUACCGACACCUCCUUCUUUGGUGACUUUGACGGCCUGUCCAUCGCCAGCGCCGAGGCCGCCAGCGACAUCAAGUCCAGCGUGCCCAGCAACGCCGGCGCCGGCAAGCUCAGCGCCUCGUCCGCCCCGUCCAAGGGCUCAUCCAAGGCUGUUUCCGAGGAGGUCGCCGAGCCCAAGGCCGCCGAGGCCGGCUCCGGCUCCGUUGCUCUCUACGGCCAGUGCGGUGGCCAGGGCUACACUGGAUCAACUUCCUGCUCCUCGGGCAAGUGUGAGUUUAUCAAUGACUGGUACUCCCAAUGCGUCUAA